CGCCGUAACGCCGCUGUAGGAUCAUCCCAAGACAAUGCAUUGGUAGCUUGACUACCCAUCGGGACGCGACGUAGUACUGUACUUGACAAUGCAGUGGUAGCUUUCCCGUCCUACCUACUAGGUCUGACUGUACCCUCAGUCGAUCGCCAAAGGCUCAGGGCUCAGGACACAGCGUCGCGUUUCGAACACCACCUGCGAGGUGCUAGUAACGAGAUGUUCUUAACAAUGUUCCUACCCCGUCGGGCAAAACGGCAACUUCUCCUCCUGCUCGUUUUCCUCUCCCUCGCAGCAACCCGCCUUGCUCCCGCCUUUGACGAGGACUCCCCUCCACCACACGAUUCACCGCCAUCAGAAGUAUCAACGGCCACUGUUUCCGAACCUGAUCCGAAGCCUGAUGCUGGGUCCGACUCCAAACCUGAUCCCUGUCCAUCAACUCAUCGUUGCCCCAUCCAUCCAUGGGUGUGUAUACCCCUUCCCCAUCCAUGGGUGUGUAUACCUCUUCCCCAUCCAUGGGUGUGUAUACCUCUUCCCCAUCCAUGGGUGUGUAUACCCCUUCCCCAUCCAUGGGUGUGUAUACCUCUUCCCCAUCCAUGGGUGUGUAUACCUCUUCCCCAUCCAUGGGUGUGUAUACCUCUUCCCCAUCCAUGGGUGUGUAUACCCCUUCCCCAUCCAUGGGUGUGUAUACCCCUUCCCCAUCCAUGGGUGUGUAUACCUCUUCCCCAUCCAGGGGUGUGUAUACCUCUUCCCCAUCCAUGGGUGUGUAUACCCCUUCCCCAUCCAUGGGUGUGUAUACCUCUUCCCCAUCCAUGGGUGUGUAUACCCGUUCCCCAUCCAUGGGUAUGUAUACCCCUUCCCCAUCCAUGGGUGUGUAUACCCCUUCCCCAUCCAUCGGUGUGUAUACCCCUUCCCCAUCCAUCGGUGUGUAUACCCCUUCCCCAUCCAUGGGUGUGUAUACCCCUUCCCCAUCCAUGGGUGUGUAUACCCCUUCCCCAUCCAUGGGUGUGUAUACCCCUUCCCCAUCCAUGGGUGUGUAUACCCCUUCCCCAUCCAUGGGUGUGUAUACCCCUUCCCCAUCCAUGGGUGUGUAUACCCCUUCCCCAUCCAUGGGUGUGUAUACCCCUUCCCCAUCCAUGGGUGUGUAUACCCCUUCCCCAUCCAUGGGUGUGUAAACCCCUUCCCCAUCCAUCGGUGUGUAUACCCCUUCCCCAUCCAUGGGUGUGUAUACCCCUUCCCCAUCCAUGGGUGUGUAUACCCCUUCCCCAUCCAUGGGCGUGUAUACUCCUUCCCCAUCCAUGGGUGUGUAUACAUACCCUUUCCCCAUCCAUGGGUGUGUAUACCCCUUCCCCAUCCAUGGGUGUGUAUACCCCUUCCCCAUCCAUGGCUGUGUAUACCCCUUCCCCAUCCAUGGGUGUGUAUACCCCUUCCCCAUCCAUGGGUGUGUAUACCCCUUCCCCAUCCAUGGGUGUGUAUACCCCUUCCCCAUCCAUGGGUGUGUAUACCCCUUCCCCAUCCAUGGGUGUGUAUACCCCUUCCCCAUCCAUGGGUGUGUAUACCCCUUCCCCAUCCAUGGGUAUGUAUACCCCUUCCCCAUCCAUGGGUGUGUAUACCCCUUCCCCAUCCAUGGGUGUGUAUACCCGUUCCCCAUCCAUGGGUGUGUAUAUCCCUUCCCCAUCCAUGGGUGUGUAUACCCCUUCCCCAUCCAUGGGUGUGUAUACCCCUUCCCCAUCCAUGGGUGUGUAUACCCCUUCCCCAUCCAUGGGUGUGUAUACAUACCCUUUCCCCAUCCAUGGGUGUGUAUACCCCUUCCCCAUCCAUGGGUGUGUAUACCCCUUCCCCAUCCAUGGCUGUGUAUACCCCUUCCCCAUCCAUGGGUGUGUAUACCCCUUCCCCAUCCAUGGCUGUGUAUACCCCUUCCCCAUCCAUGGGUGUGUAUACCCCUUCCCCAUCCAUGGGUGUGUAUACCCCUUCCCCAUCCAUGGGUGUGUAUACCCCUUCCCCAUCCAUGGGUGUGUAUACCCCUUCCCCAUCCAUGGGUGUGUAUACCCCUUCCCCAUCCAUGGGUGUGUAUACCCCUUCCCCAUCCAUGGGUGUGUAUACCCCUUCCCCAUCCAUGGGUAUGUAUACCCCUUCCCCAUCCAUGGGUGUGUAUACCCCUUCCCCAUCCAUGGGUGUGUAUACCCGUUCCCCAUCCAUGGGUGUGUAUACCCUUCCCCAUCCAUGGGUGUGUAUACCCCUUCCCCAUCCAUGGGUGUGUAUACCCCUUCCCCAUCCAUGGGUGUGUAUACCCCUUCCCCAUCCAUGGGUGUGUAUACCCGUUCCCCAUCCAUGGGUGUGUAUACCCCUUCCCCAUCCAUGGGUGUGUAUACCCCUUCCCCAUCCAUGGGUGUGUAUAACCCCUUCCCCCUCCAUGGGUGUGUAUACCUCUUCCCCAUCCAUGGGUGUGUAUACCUCUUCCCCAUCCAUGGGUGUGUAUACCUCUUCCCCAUCCAUGGGUGUGUAUACCCCUUCCCCAUCCAUGGGUGUGUAUACCCCUUCCCCAUCCAUGGGUGUGUAUACCUCUUCCCCAUCCAGGGGUGUGUAUACCUCUUCCCCAUCCAUGGGUGUGUAUACCCCUUCCCCAUCCAUGGGUGUGUAUACCUCUUCCCCAUCCAUGGGUGUGUAUACCCGUUCCCCAUCCAUGGGUAUGUAUACCCCUUCCCCAUCCAUGGUGUGUAUACCCCUUCCCCAUCCAUCGGUGUGUAUACCCCUUCCCCAUCCAUCGGUGUGUAUACCCCUUCCCCAUCCAUGGGUGUGUAUACCCCUUCCCCAUCCAUGGGUGUGUAUACCCCUUCCCCAUCCAUGGGUGUGUAUACCCCUUCCCCAUCCAUGGGUGUGUAUACCCCUUCCCCAUCCAUGGGUGUGUAUACCCCUUCCCCAUCCAUGGGUGUGUAUACCCCUUCCCCAUCCAUGGGUGUGUAUACCCCUUCCCCAUCCAUGGGUGUGUAAACCCCUUCCCCAUCCAUCGGUGUGUAUACCCCUUCCCCAUCCAUGGGUGUGUAUACCCCUUCCCCAUCCAUGGGUGUGUAUACCCCUUCCCCAUCCAUGGGCGUGUAUACCCCUUCCCCAUCCAUGGGUGUGUAAUACAUACCCUUUCCCCAUCCAUGGGUGUGUAUACCCCUUCCCCAUCCAUGGGUGUGUAUACCCCUUCCCCAUCCAUGGCUGUGUAUACCCCUUCCCCAUCCAUGGGUGUGUAUACCCGUUCCCCAUCCAUGGGUGUGUAUACCCCUUCCCCAUCCAUGGGUGUCUAUACCCCUUCCCCAUCCAUGGGUGUGUAUACCCCUUCCCCCUCCAUGGGUGUGUAUACCCCUUCCCCCUCCAUGGGUGUGUAUACCCCUUCCCCAUCCAUGGGUGUGUAUACCCCUUCCCCAUCCAUGGGUGUGUAUACCUCUUCCCCAUCCAUGGGUGUGUAUACCCCUUCCCCAUCCAUGGGUGUGUAUACCCCUUCCCCAUCCAUGGGUGUGUAUACCUCUUCCCCAUCCAGGGGUGUGUAUACCUCUUCCCCAUCCAUGGGUGUGUAUACCCCUUCCCCAUCCAUGGGUGUGUAUACCUCUUCCCCAUCCAUGGGUGUGUAUACCCGUUCCCCAUCCAUGGGUAUGUAUACCCUUCCCCAUCCAUGGGUGUGUAUACCCCUUCCCCAUCCAUCGGUGUGUAUACCCCUUCCCCAUCCAUGGGUGUGUAUACCCCUUCCCCAUCCAUGGGUGUGUGGAACACCACCAAGGAAUGAGCGUCCUUUGGCUGAGAUGACUGCCUGCACCGCUCCUCCAGGCACUCCAAUACUAACGCACUUCACAGGGGACCUGGCAGCGGCAGCGGCAACUGCAACAGCCACAAGAAAACAGGGAGCGCAUAAGCAUGCAGCUGCGUGUGAACCUGCCCAUUCCAAGUGUGGUGACCGUACGCCUGUCACUCAGCCCCCGAGCUUCGUGCAACUACAGCAAGAAAACGAGGCUUAAAAAAAACGCUGGUGGGAGUCACAGGCGAGGGCAACCAGAAUCGCGGGUCACCAUGGUGCGAAGCCACAUGGGCAUCGGCGCCACAAGGCACGUCGGCUGCACACCUCACCAACUCGGGAUGAUGGUGCUGGCACACAUCAGCAGCCAACGAAUCUCAACCAUUGUUCAAUGCCGGCCGCUGUAGCGAGGGCAGUCGAUUGUGAGCUGCAUCGUCGGGGUGGCACUCAUUGGCAGUGGGAUGUCAACAGGAUGCGCACUGAAUGGCCUGACAGGAUGGAAUCCGCUCUAAAGACCAUACCCUAUGUGUACUCAGGAUUUAAGGUGUGUAGUUACGCUACUUCUUGACUCCGGUUUCCACACAUGUGGCUGUUGUGUUACAUGUGGAUGCAGCUUUUGGUGUCAUCUUCCACCUUGCCACCAGCACCUGCCCUCUUGCACCUUGCCUCCGUGCCCUGCCCUGUUGCACCUUGGCACGAACUUGCUUUGGCCGUCGAAUGAGAGCAAUACGACGCCUGUGGCGUAUGUGUUUGGGAGACUUCGGCGGGAUUUGGGGAAUCCGACCUGCAAAAUCAAAUGUGAAGCAUAGGUGAUGCUCAUACCCUGUACACACCGUCCUCUUAUUUGACAAGAUGA